AGAUGGAAAAAUAACAAAAUAUGAAAAUGGAGACAGGGUUGCCCUCACUCAGAAAAUAUGAUUUUCCGCAGUCUGUUGCAGAGGCUCUGAAGAUUAUACACGGAGAGUGUGAGAGAAUGUCUAAGAACGCUGAUUCCCUCUCCCAGGAUUUAGAGAAGCUGACAGAUUAUAUUGAUGAAUAUGUGUUCGGAAACCCUCGAGCUGGGAAACAAAAGAAACUGGGAAGUAUUCAACAGCUCCAGAUAAUACAGGUUCUCACAGAUUACUUCAGCGCAGACACAGAUUUUAGUCUUCUCUGUUCAGUUUUCAUGGUUGUAUUUCUAGCCAAGGGCCGUCAAGUAGAUUUUAAGAUAUCCACGCUGUCCAAGCUCCUAAGCUUGAACCUGGGUGAAGGAAACACCACCUUCCUAAACUGCGCUGCACUAUGGUGGACCCAGCAACCACCUUCCUCUCAACCCUGUAUAACUGUUACUAAAUCCCUAGUACAGGAGUAUAUAACCCUGCUCCCUGAUAAAGAUAUCAGUCUAGCAAAUAUCCCGGAUAGAUCUCCCCUGCUAGCCGGUAUCCUUCUCACAUACUUCAGCGACCUGUAUCCUGCUCCUCAAUCAAACUCAACCUUCUCCCCUCCUCCCAUACAGCUGGUGAGGAUAGGGUUCUCCUGGCUCAAGGAUAAUUUGGAUCUCUGUGGAGCUCUGGGUGAGACGGAGAGCCAAGGUGUUGUGAGUAUGCUGGAACGGAGUCCUGUAUCCGGGAUGUUGGUUUGGACGAUCUUCAGUCCUUUAACUGGGAAAACUGAUGAGAGAUUGCUCUACUCUAAACUACAUUUCACCCUCCUCCAGCAUAUUACAGAGGAGAACUGUAAGUUUUCAAUCCCUCCCGGGUUUCUCUCCAACCUGACUGAGACCUUGCUCUCAACCUUUAAUUCUGGGGGAUUCUCAGAAGCCCAGAUAAAUGAGAGCUUAGACAGGUUUGGACAGAUGUUACAAGCAAGCAGAACUGCAAACACAUGGAUAGAUCAAGAUCUUGUUCUACUUAUUAAUCAGUUACCUUACAACAGGUUGAUCAAUAUCAUACUCUCAAACCUAACCUGAUGUAUUUCAGA